GGCUCUGCGGGCGCGGAGCGAGCGCGGCCCCGGCCCGCCGGCGGCGGCAGGAUGAAGUUCGCCGAACACCUCGCGGCGCACAUCACCCCCGAGUGGCGGAAGCAGUACAUCCAGUAUGAGGCUUUGAAAGAGAUGCUAUAUGCGGCUGUGGACCAGGCCCCUUCUAUAGAAGACACAGAUGAGGACACGGUGAAAAGAUGUUUUGCCACGUUUGAAGAGAAAUUCUUCCAAACCUGUGAGAAAGAACUUGCCAAAAUCAACAUUUUCUAUUCAGAGAAGCUCGCGGAGGCGCAGCGCCGCUUCACGACCCUGCGCACGGAGCUGCAAUCCACCUUGGACGCGCAGAAGGAGGCCAGUGGCGCCUCCACGCUGCAGCGGCGCCGAAAGCCCGUCUUCCACCUGUCCCACGAGGAGCGUGUCCAGCACAGGAACAUCAGAGACCUGAAACUGGCCUUCAGCGAGCUCUACCUCAGCCUCAUCCUCCUGCAGAACUACCAGAACCUGAACUUCACCGGCUUCCGCAAGAUCCUGAAGAAGCAUGACAAGAACCUGGAGACGGCGCGGGGCGCGGAGUGGAGGGUGGCCGAGGUGGAGGUGGCUCCCUUCUACACCUGCAAGAAGAUCAACCAGCUUAUCUCCGAAACUGAGGAAGUGGUGACCAACGAGUUGGAAGAUGGAGACAGACAGAAGGCAAUGAAACGUUUGCGUGUUCCACCCUUAGGAGCAGCUCAGCCUGUACCAGCCUGGACUACAUUCAGGGUUGGAUUGUUCUGCGGGUUGUUCAUUGCACUGAAUGUCACUGUCAUACUUUCAGGUGUGGCUUUUAUAGAUGGACCAAAUGUGUGGCCACUGGUGAGAAUCUAUCGAGGUGGCUUUCUCCUGAUAGAAUUCCUCUUUCUCCUGGGUAUCAACACAUAUGGCUGGAGACAGGCUGGAGUCAACCACGUCCUCAUCUUCGAGCUCAAUCCCCGCAGCAACUUGUCCCAUCAACAUCUCUUUGAGAUUGCUGGUUUCCUGGGCGUUUUGUGGUGCCUGAGCCUGCUGGCAUGUAUAUAUGGUAAAUUCACCUACAUCCCCAUGCAGGUGAACCCACUCAUCUUGUAUGGCUUCAUGUUGCUUUUUCUCAUCAACCCUACCAAAACCUUGUAUUACAAGUCCCGUUUUUGGCUGCUCAAACUAUUGUUUCGAGUAUUCACUGCUCCCUUCCACAAGGUAGGCUUCGCAGAUUUCUGGCUGGCUGAUCAGCUCAACAGCCUGGUCGUGAUACUUAUGGAUUUGGAAUACAUGAUCUGCUUCUACAGCUUUGAGGUUCAGUGGGAGGACAAUGCUGGACUUCUGGCAGAUACAGAUAAUCAGAUUUGUAACAGCUACUCCUACGGAGUGAGAGCAGUUGUCCAGUGCAUCCCUGCUUGGUUGCGAUUCAUCCAGUGCCUGCGCCGUUACCGCGAUAACAAACGGGCCUUUCAUCUGGUUAACGCUGGAAAAUAUUCCACCACCUUCUUCGUGGUGACAUUUGCAGCCCUCUACAGCACUCACAAAGCUAAAAACCACAGCGACACCCAAGUGUUCUUCUACCUGUGGAUUAUCUUCUGUUUCAUCAGCUCUUGCUAUACCCUCAUUUGGGACCUGAAGAUGGACUGGGGUCUCUUUGACAAAAAUGCUGGUGAAAAUACCUUUCUCCGAGAAGGAAUUGUCUACCCACAGAAAGCAUACUACUACUGUGCCAUUGUAGAAGACGUCAUCCUGCGUUUUGCGUGGACCAUCCAGAUCUCCCUCACUUCCAUGCAAAUCUUUCCCUACGCUGCAGACAUCAUUUCUACUGUGUUUGCCCCUCUUGAGGUGUUCCGGCGGUUUGUGUGGAACUUCUUCCGUCUGGAGAACGAGCACCUGAACAACUGCGGCGAGUUCCGCGCCGUCAGGGACAUCUCGGUGGCGCCGCUCAACGCCGACGACCUGACGCUCCUGGAUCAGAUGAUGGACCAGGAGGACGGCGUCCGGAACCGCCGCAAGAACAAGCAGUGGAAGCGCAGCCUGAGCGUGUCCCUGCGCAGGCCUCGCCUCGCCUCACAGUCCAAGGCUUCUGACACAAAGGUAUUGAUAGAGGACCUAGCGAACGAAGUGAAUACAUGAGAUGGCCACGUUCUCUUAUUCCACAUCCUUUGUUUUCUCGUUCUGUUUCCCUCUUCCCCAAGUAACCCGAGCUCUGGUACAGAUCCAGCUGAAAACAGGAGAAAACACUGAACAUGUUUUCCGAGCUCUUCCAGACCAGAUCCUAUGGACUCCAACACGCUCACUGUGUUUUGUUUCUUUUCUUCUGGGUUAAUUUUAAUGUUCUAUUUUAAACAAACAAACAAACAAAAAAAAUAAAAUAUUUUACUUUGUUUUGCCAAUAAAGAGGACAGUUCAGGAAAGAAGGAUUGUUUACAGUCUCAACAAGGACAUACAAACCUUAUCUGGAUAACGAAGCAUCAUAGGGACUCCCUCAUGGGACAGUGCCGAGAGCACACUCGGUUUCUGCUUGGCCCGGUUUUGACUGGUUGAAACCGGACUUUUUUAAUCUGAUUUUUUUUUUUGGUUGUUUUUUUUUCAAUUGUUUGUUUUUGUCCUUCAUAUCCAGCGCUGAGGCACUGGCUGCACUUGCAGGGAAAGUGCACUUAGAGCAGUAUCUUCAUUCAUGAAGCUACUUUUUAAUUUGAUGUAACUUUUCUUAUAAUUUUUUGGAAAUAUGAUGUAUCUGUUGCAUAUAGUUUUCACAUUAUUUAUGAAACUUAACAACCAUAUGAGAGUGAUUUUGAGUCCUGUGCAAUGAAGGUUGUAAUGGUAAAACAAAGUGGGGAAUGUAGAUCUCCAACUCCAGGGUUGUGGGGUGAUGCCCCUGCAAAUACCCCUCUCGUGAGACAACUUGCACCUGUGUGUACCUUCUCUCUUACUCCUUUUCGAUUUUAUUUUAAACCAAAGUUUCUCUUUCUGAUAUUUUUUUAGUUGCUGCUACUGCUUCUGGGCAUGUCUCUCGUGCCGGUUCAAAGCCAACUUCUCCAUGUGUGAAAGUAGUGCAGAUGAUCCUAAGGAAAGGAGAGUUGGUUCCCACCAACAGCACAAAACACUGGUCGAACAAAGGCUUUGGAACUUCUUUCUCCAGAUCAAAAAGUACUUUUCCAAGCCUUAGGUGUGUCAUGAGGGCAUCUCAGUCCGAGCAGGGAGCUUUUCAGGAGUUCUCCAGCAGCCCAGCAAGGUGGGACAAGGCCAGGAGGUGACAGUUCUCAUGGGACAGGGAUUCAUCAGGCUGGGGCUUAGGAGUAGUGAUAUGAGCUGUGGUGUGCCCAUCUGAUGGGGAAGGUGGGAUGGAAAACAGCUCUUCUGUGAUUUCUGGUUUAGCAAAAAGCCUCUGUUGGGCACUGUCUUGGUGAUUUGCCCCUUGAGUCAUCUCAUUCUCCCAGUUUGGAAGUGGGAUACUUGAGCAUACUUGGGUAAUGGACAGCUGAGUAAAUUAUGUUGGAAGAGAGGUGUGAAUUCGAUGGCCUCGUUGGUUGGUCUCCCCUCCUCCUGGGGGGAGCCAUGGAGGCCUCAGAGUCCUGUCAGCCUUCCCUUGGCACACCUUGUUCUCUGUGGGUCUGCAAGGGAAGGGUGAAACUCCUGAAGGAGGAGCCUCACCUGGCUGGUGACAGCUUGGGCAAUGGAAUUGCAGGAAUCUCUCCUCAGCUGCUGUUUGGUGGUUGUUUCCUUUAAUCAGCACAGUGUCUCCCAUGGCUGCUUUGUUGCAUUUCCUCGGUUUGCCUGCUGUGCCUCUUGCUCAGAGGAACUGAAGAAGGAAACUUGGUUCUCUUCAUUUAAUUGGAAAUAGAUUAAAACCCCGUUGUGGUGCUGCUCCUCUCAUCUUCCUCUGUGUGUGCUGCUCUGGUGGGAGCAGAGCCAGAUGAGCUAGGGCUGUGCUGUCCAUCUCCCCUGAAUUCCUGUCUUUACCUAUGGAGCAUUCUCAUUUACAUGGAAGUGGAGACUGGGAUAUAAAGCCCCUUAAAAUAUUUCAGGUUCCUAAAUUGCAUUGGUGCCAUGUCCAAACGUAUUUCCAGCAGUGGGGAAUGGAGCCAUCCCUGCCUGGGGAGGUUAGGGGAGGGCAGCUGCAGUGGGAGGGAGGCAAUCCAAAAUUAUUUGGAUUCAUUCAAAUCAAGUAACACAACUGAGUGUUACUUAAGCAAGUGGGGUUUUUUAUACAAAGAAUCUGAGCUUUACUGGUAAUUAUCUUCCUUUCAGAGGGAAAUUAAAAAAUACAGAGAGACAUAGUGAGCAAUUUGGUUUAAUGGAGGAUGUCCCUGCCUUGGCAGGGGGUUGGUACUAUAAAGUUUUUAAGGUUGCUUCCAAGCCAACCCAUUCCAUGGUUCUGUGAUUUGGAAAUGAUGCAGUCCCCUGGGGCACUCUGCCUUCCUCACCUGGGCUGGGCAGGGCAUGGCUGUGUGGCCUGUGUCCAUCUGUCCAUCCCACUGCUGCACCGUCCAACCCUCUGCUUCCCAACCUGGUGGGAAAGGUUGGGUUGCAAGUGAUUAAAUUCUUACUCUGUAGUUUACCCAGAUCCUUAUGGGAAGCAAGAAUUCAGUGUGUCCAUCUGCUCUGCUCUUUCUCUUCCCUUUUUCUGUCUUUGCUGGCAGGAGAAGUUAAGGGGAAAAAAAAGAAAAAAAGGAGGUGUCCUAUGAUUGCUAUGAUGAGCAAACAUUAUCUCCUAAAAUAAAACAUUGUCCGUUUUGGCAGUGAAGAUGCUGUCUCAAGGGAAAGCAGCCUGAAUUCCCAGAAGUGUGGCUUUUAAAAGCUCCUAGCUCCCAGCCCUGGGUCUGCCUGUUCCCUCCCUCCCAGAGAUUUCUGAGAAAUCAGGCAUGCAGAUUCGUCCUGAGAGCGAGCACUAAAGCCAGGAUGGCUCCACAUCUACGAGAACAUCUGGCCAAUAAAGGGAGACCUAAUGAAACAGAACAGAUGGUGAGAGAAAAUAGCCCUGUCGUUCCUUGGGAGCAGCAGGAGCGAGGGGAGUGGGGACAUUCCCAGGGUGGCUCCAUUUCCUGAGCUGGGCUUUGCUCGUGGGUGCUUGAAAACACUCCUGUAGGGAGAGCAGCAUGGUGGCAGUCCAGAGGGACAGAGCAGCGUUAAAAGGAACUGAGGGUGAGGGAUUUAUCCAGUUUUUUAGUUGUUGGGAUGCAGCUGCAUGGGAAGUGGAAGGUCUUCAAGCUCUGACUUUCGGGUGUUGGGCUGUGCCUUGUGAUGCAGUGGAGGUUGAGUUGAACAGCUCUGAGGAUGGUGUGGAGCUGCUUUGGUCUGGUGAAACCCAUUAGGAUGGUGCAGUCUAAGGAGAGUGGUAUUUGUGACUUUUGGAGAUUCCCUUUGAAUUUGCUUCUCCAUGCUGAUUCCCUCCUGCUUUCCAUCCUGCCGCUCCUCUGGGGAUUUUGGGCUUGCAGGGGGUGAGAUGUUGCAGCAUCCAGAGCUUAUUUGCUGGCUGGGCUUCCCUGUGUGGGAUGCUUUGGGAUGGUGUCACCAGAAACACCAGGUCCCUGUGCUUGGAAUGCCACGUGCCAUGAUAGGACAUGUUCCUGAAAGGACAGCAGGGCAAGAUUGGGAUCUUUGGACUCAGCAAGCAGGAGUGGAGCUUCUCCAAAGAGAACCAAUGCCGUCCCACCACAUUUUAAAAGAUGCAUUUGCAGCACUCCUGGCUGCAGCCUGUAUGUAUCCAAUAAGCUCCUAUCUCUCAUCAGGUGCAUUCCCAAAGUCAGCUGGUGUUCAUCCAAGGUCUUUCCCAACCCUGCUCCUGACCCUCCUCCUUCUCUCAAGUGUCUUUGCUGUUUGAUUCCAAUAAAAGGGGUCAACUGGCAGCAGCCUUCAGCAUGAACAUCUUGGAAUGGGAGAGAUCUCUGGUGGAAAUCUCAGCAGAGUUGGAUCCUGCUGUUCCUACUUCCCUAAAAACGCUUGUGCUGCUUGUUCUGCCUCUGUGCUGGUGCUCAGCUGCAAGGCCAGUGUGGCAGACAAGGAGGGAAAGCACAUUCCUGGUUCAGGAGAUAACAGUCCCUGGGAAUUUCCCUUCCAACGAGCAGUGGAGACAGUGUGAAGCCUUUGCUGUGUUUUGAAUGGCUGAGUGGGUUUGGCCUUGUCCUGCAGGGAUGCUGCCAUGCUCUGCUCUCUGGGCUCUGGGGGCUGUGACCCCAGUGUCAGGCCAUGUGCUGGGAAGUGUCCCGGGGCUGGGACACUGCUUGGCAAGUUGGGGACACAAAAGCCACUUUGUUCACAUGCUGCAUCCCAGCUCCAUGUCCUCCCUUCUCUCCAAUCCCUUCUGCUUUGCACCAGCAGGGGGAAGGUGAUCUUCUGCCUUAAACAUUAUUUUUUUAAAUUUACAUUUUUGUUCCAGAAGGCAAUCGGAUUGUUUUGUCUCCUUGGGAAAGAGGGGCUGGGGCUCCUGGGGGAAGAGUGGGAAAUCCCUGUGGUACCUCUGCAGCAGUCACAGCUCGGCUCAGUGGCUGUCACCUCAUCAAACCUCGCCUCCUUUACAUGACCCCAGUCCCAAACUCUGCACCUUGGGCGAGUGUCCCCUGCUUCCACCGUGGGCUAAACUGGUGUGUCACCAUCCCUGGGGGCUUCGAUCCCUGCUGCAACACCCCGGGAAAGGGACACAACUGAGGAGCACCCUGAUGCUGACACCCCAGCCCUGCUCCUGGUGGGAGCCAAAGGCUGCCCCGGCCCUGGCACAGCCACAGCAAAGUGGGCAAGAGGUGGGCAAGGUGCCCUGCAGCCUGACAGUCCCUCAAGCUCUGUAAACCAAAUUGCAAACUCUUCACUCCAGAGGAGAAAUUGGGCAUCCUGGUAGAACUUGCGAUGACCUCUCCACCCCCUCGGUCCUCGUGGCGAAGGACUGGCGCUUGGAAGGGGCCCAGGGUGGAAAUGCCAAAGUUCCCCCUGGGUCCCGCUGCCACCUUCCUCCCCCCUCCCUGCUGUGUUGGUCUAAAUGAUCUUUAUGAAGCCCUGUAGAUGUCAAAAGUAAUUAUGGAGUGUGAUUAGUCCUCUGUGGGUGCUUUCUUUCUUCCCCCCUCCUUUCUCUUUUGCUAUCCCCUUCUCCACUCUUCUGUUUUGGCUCAGUGGAAAAGGUGAGGACAAAGAAUUGCCGCUUGCUUGGGCUCAUGAUGUAUCUGUGACUGCGCUAUUAGCUGUCUUCUCCUUCCUUCCCAAAUGGAUAUAAUUUUUGAAGUGUGGAAUUCCCUUCUUGAUAAGUAGGUUUAAAAAAAAAUACUGCACAAUGUGAUACUGUUUCAUAGUUUCUAGGUGGUUGUAUAAAGCAAAGUUACUGUGAUUGUGUUUUUUCAAAGGAAAAAGUGAUUGGUUACGAAAUCUGUCCUUUUUUCAUUAUUACAAGCUCUUUGUUUUCCAAUGA